GUCCAACCUUUCAGUUUAUAGACUUUCACUCACUCGGGCCGUCUUCUUUCGCCCUCGUUGCAUAGCGAUCAAAUCAUUAAAGGGCCCUUAGGACCAGAAUGAAAGGAGAGACCUUAAUAUCUGCUCUCAUCGUAACUCUACCAUGGACUGCAGCGUCAGCACUCUUGCAUUGCGACAGUAUUGCCAAACGCUUCAGCACGCAGCACACUCUCUGUCUACCAGUUAACACGAACUGCAACUUGCAUACAACGGGCAUUGACGCGGGUACAAAGAGGACAAUCCUCGAUCUCCACAACAGCUAUCGGAGCGUCUUGGCAAAUGGGGAACAGAGGGGUAUGCCUUCUGCGUCCAACAUGAUGGAGCUGGAAUGGGACAAUGACCUCGCUGCCGUUGCACAAGCCCACGCCAACCAUUGCGUCAUGCAGCACGACUGCAACGAGUGCCGAGCGAUUGACAAAUUUCCAAGUGUCGGUCAAAAUAUCUGCCAGAUGGAUACCAACGGCAUCGGUGCGACAAACUACUGGCAGUGGUGCAUCAAGAACUGGUUCGACGAAGCGAAACAUUUUCCUGCCAGCUUGAGGAAAAAGUUUGAGGACACUGCAUCUCCAACUGGCCAUUUCACACAGAUGGUGUGGGCCACAACUUGGAAAGUGGGUUGCGGAUUCGCUUCGUUUUCAACUCUCGGGAAGACAGGCCAUACUACGUACCUGCAGACCUGCAACUAUGGACCGAGCGGUAACGUACUCGGAAUGAUGAUGUACAGUACAGGAAAGCCUUGCUCCCAGUGCCCAGGUGGAACCUGUUGCAAUGAACAGUGCAAGAAAUACGGAAUUGUUUCCAACUUUGACGGAUUGUGCAAAUCUACAACGCCGAACGGCCCUGCACCAACGGUAGAUGAAAAGAAUCUGUUGUGGGCUUGCUUCCGUGGCACCACCAAAAUAUGCGCAUUCAGACGGAACCCGCCAGGCCGCUUCCUCGUGAAACGCUACUUUUCAAGUGUUAUCUUCGAAAGUGUUCUGAAACCUGGCGAGAAAGGAACGAUAACAUUCGCGAAUGUGAUCAACGAAAAGAACACGGACGUGAAAACGUUUCGCCAGGAGCUGAAGCUGAAGGAGAGAGGAGUCGGACAACAAAUCACCUACCGUGUUAGCCUCAAGUUGCCGCGCCCCAUACAGAGAGCAGGCGCCGCACGGAUGCUUGUCAAACGCUGGGUUUCCAAGCAAGCGACGCGGCCGUCCUUUGCUAGCAAGUGCUGUAUUAUCUGA